UGGAGGCAGAUCCCUCUUUCCAGGGUGCUGCGAGUACUUGUCAGGUUGGCAGAGGCAUCCAGAGGCUCCUUGUGUGGCUCUUGCUUGUGCUGUACCUGUUGAGAAAGUACAUUUCCAGGUCUUCAGGGAACUUGUGGUUUAUGGGAUCAAAUUUGCUGAGAAAAGCUGUGGCUGCUCCAUCCCUGGAAUGUCCAAGGCCAGGCUGGAUAGGGCUUGGAGCAAUGUGGGGUAGUAGAAGGUGCCCCUGCCCGUGGCAGGGGUGAAAUGAGAUUAUCUUUAAAGUUCCUUCCAACCCAAACCAUUCUGGGAUUGUAUGCUUUGAAAAAGAUGAAAUGGAAACUACAGGAACUGUAAUUCAAGCAAGGAAAGCUGCAACAUUCAGCUGUGGAUUCUCAACUCAGAGGAGUUUCAUUUUCAUGCUUGUGGUUUUGGUUAGGCUUGUCAAAACUUGGAUCAGAACUUCCUAGCAGCGUUCUGUGGAGAAUAAAAUGUCAGUUGAUAUCUGAGCAAGUUAACCCUCUGGAGGGAAAAUGGGUUGGAAACGUGCAUGGAAGUCUGCGUUCCUUGAUUGUGGAUUUGUGGCUGUGUAACUGCGUCCUCGCGUGCCAGAACACCAACAUGAAGAGUGCUGCAGGAAGCUGAGUGUUCAAAUCUCACUGAUGAUCUUCCCUGCAAGUGUCCAAGGCCAGGCUGGCCAGGGUUUGGAGCAGCCUGGUCUAGUGGGAGUGGAAUGAGAUGAUCUUUCAGGUCCUUUCCAAGCCAAACCAGUCUGUGACUCUGUGAUCAUUUGGCUGCAGAGGUAUCAAAGGAGGGGGAAUAGCUCUGAGAAAUGAAGUGCCAGAUGUUUCUGGGCUCAGAUGUUAGGUGAUGCCUCUGCUUUUGGAGUAACAUGGUGCUGAGCUCUGAGGGAAGAGGCUUGGUUGGUUGAACCCAGUGUCACAACGGACACAGGCAGUUCAUCCUCUCCUCAUCUGGUGCGUGAUCUUCUGUGGUCAGAGGAUGAUAAUCUCUGAGCAUGCAAGUGGAAGACAUUUCUGAUCACAGUAGGCCAAAAAAUGGCUGCUGCCCAAAGGCUGUACGUUGUUUUUUAUUUUAUGCAAUUGUUUAGUGGCAGUUUUGCAUGAAACUUCUGUAAACAUUUCUUUUGUGCCUUGGCCCAUCCUGUCCGCUUCUUCAGAAAUUCAGAAACCUGCCAAGAAGCUGUGAAGAAGAAAGCUUCGUUUGCAGUCCGGCUCUGUCCCAUCUGCAUCCCAGUCCAAGGAGAAACACGUGGCCACAGAUGCAGACGCCGACCUCAGCUGGCUGAUGGUGUCUCAUCCCAAGGGUUAAUUGAGAACUUCUGGUUAAAAUAACUCUGCAGUCCUUGGCUGUUCCUCUCUUAAGUGUUCCGUAGAUUCAGAUGCUGAUGCUCAUGGGUGGUUCAGUAUUUUGAACCUUUGCCUUCUGGAAAAUUACAGUUGGGAGGCCAACAGGUACAAGCCAGCCUGGGAACUGGAGCCUUCAUCUGUAACGCAGCGCGGCCCAUCGGGGCUUUUGAGCUCAAAGUAGGUCCCUUGGCCACCAGUGGCUCUCCACACGUGCUCAUCAUGUGCUGGCAGUGGCUCCUCCUCUUGGGCUCCUCCCGGGCGCUGAGGUUUUAUCCAGCGAGCCGGGAGCCAGCCGAGGUGUCCGGGAGGGACGAGCAGAGAGCGGCGCACGGGAGCGUCCUGCCUUGGGGACAGCACAGCCCUCGGAGCCUGCAGGAGCAGGGGCUGGCCGGAGGAACACAGACCUGGCCUUCUCUGCCAGAGAGGACCCAGGUGUGCCAAGGCACACCCUGCCAAGCCCAGCCCUGGAGACCGACAGCGCGCCCGCCAUGGAGGAGAGGGAGCCCCCGCCGAGGGGCAAUAAGCCAGAGAUGACUGACAAGAUGUCGAGCUUCCUUCAUAUUGGAGAUAUUUGUUCUCUCUAUGCAGAGGGCUCAACAAAUGGAUUUAUUAGCACUUUGGGGAAAGAGAAGAAAAUAUGGGAUGCUGCCAGAAAGGAGAGAAGCCUUGUGGAUGAUCGGUGUGUUGUACAGCCAGAAGCAGGUGAUCUUAACAACCCACCCAAAAAAUUCAGAGAUUGCCUGUUCAAGCUGUGUCCCAUGAACCGCUACUCGGCACAGAAGCAGUUCUGGAAGGCAGCGAAGCCAGGAGCCAACAGCACCACAGAUGCUGUGCUGCUCAACAAACUGCACCAUGCAGCAGAUUUGGAAAAGAAACAGAACGAAACUGAAAACAGAAAACUGCUGGGAACAGUCAUCCAGUAUGGGAAUGUCAUCCAGCUGCUUCACUUAAAAAGUAACAAAUACUUAACAGUAAAUAAGAGGCUUCCAGCCCUGCUAGAGAAGAAUGCAAUGAGGGUGACCUUGGAUGAAGCUGGAAAUGAAGGCUCCUGGUUCUACAUCCAGCCCUUCUACAAACUGCGCUCCAUCGGGGACAGUGUUGUCAUUGGAGACAAAGUAGUCCUGAAUCCUGUCAAUGCUGGGCAGCCUCUCCAUGCCAGUAGCCACCAGCUUGUGGAUAACCCAGGAUGUAAUGAGGUCAACUCAGUGAACUGCAACACCAGCUGGAAAAUCGUGCUCUUCAUGAAAUGGAGCGACAACAAGGACGACAUCCUCAAAGGGGGGGACGUGGUGAGGCUGUUCCACGCCGAGCAGGAGAAGUUCCUGACGUGUGACGAGCACAGGAAGAAGCAGCACGUGUUCCUCAGGACCACGGGCCGGCAGUCGGCCACGUCUGCCACCAGCUCCAAAGCCCUGUGGGAGGUGGAGGUGGUGCAGCACGAUCCCUGCCGGGGAGGAGCUGGCUACUGGAACAGCCUCUUCAGGUUCAAGCACCUGGCCACGGGGCACUACCUGGCAGCAGAGGUAAACCCUGACUAUGAGGAAGAUGACCUGGAGUGUCAAUCCUCACUGGACCCCGAGCAGGAGGCGGCGCGGCGGGGCCGGGGGCCCCAGGAGAAGAUGGCCUAUUCCCUGGUGUCCGUGCCUGAGGGCAAUGACAUCUCCUCCAUCUUCGAGCUGGACCCCACCACCCUGCGAGGGGGAGACAGCCUCGUCCCCAGGAACUCCUACGUGAGGCUCAGGCACCUCUGCACCAACACCUGGGUUCACAGCACCAACAUCCCUAUUGAUAAAGAGGAGGAGAAACCUGUGAUGCUGAAAAUUGGGACCUCUCCAGUGAAGGAGGACAAAGAAGCUUUUGCUAUAGUGCCAGUCUCGCCUGCAGAGGUUCGGGACUUGGAUUUUGCAAAUGAUGCAAGCAAAGUUUUAGGUUCCAUCGCUGGCAAGCUGGAAAAGGGAACAAUAACCCAGAAUGAAAGAAGAUCUGUUACCAAGCUGUUGGAGGAUUUGGUCUACUUUGUUACUGGUGGAACUAAUUCUGGCCAGGAUGUCCUUGAGGUGGUGUUUUCUAAACCUAACAGAGAACGGCAAAAGCUGAUGAGAGAGCAGAAUAUUCUAAAGCAGAUUUUCAAGCUGUUGCAAGCACCCUUCACGGACAGCGGGGACGGGCCGAUGCUGCGGCUGGAGGAGCUGGGGGACCAGCGCCACGCGCCCUUCAGGCACAUCUGCAGGCUCUGCUACAGGGUGCUCAGGCACUCCCAGCAGGACUACAGGAAAAAUCAGGAAUACAUUGCCAAGCAGUUUGGCUUCAUGCAGAAGCAGAUUGGCUACGAUGUCUUGGCUGAGGACACCAUCACAGCCCUGCUCCAUAACAACCGCAAGCUCCUGGAGAAGCACAUCACAGCUGCUGAGAUUGACACCUUUGUGAGUCUCGUGAGGAAAAAUAGGGAGCCCAGGUUUUUGGAUUACCUCUCGGAUCUGUGCGUUUCCAUGAACAAGUCUAUUCCCGUGACACAGGAGCUGAUUUGUAAGGCCGUGCUGAACCCAGCCAACGCAGACAUUCUCAUUGAAACCAAGCUGGUGCUCUCACGAUUUGAAUUUGAGGAGGUGUCCAGUGGAGAAAACGCCUUGGAAGUUGGAGAGGAUGAGGAGGAAGUGUGGCUGUUCUGGAGGGACAGCAACAAGGAGAUCCGCAGCAAGAGCAUCCGAGAGCUGGCCCAGGACGCCAAGGAGGGGCAGAAGGAGGACAGGGAUGUGCUCAGCUACUACAGAUACCAGCUGAACCUCUUUGCUCGCAUGUGCCUUGACCGCCAGUACCUGGCCAUCAACGAGAUCUCGGGGCAGCUGGACGUGGACCUGAUCCUGCGCUGCAUGGCCGACGAGAACCUGCCCUACGACCUGCGCGCCUCCUUCUGCCGCCUGAUGCUGCACAUGCACGUGGACAGGGACCCCCAGGAGCAGGUGACCCCCGUCAAGUACGCCCGCCUCUGGUCCGAGAUCCCCUCCGAGAUCGCCAUCGACGACUAUGAUAGCAGUGGAACUUCCAAAGAUGAAAUUAAGGAGAGAUUUGCACAAACAAUGGAAUUUGUAGAGGAAUAUUUAAGAGAUGUGGUGUGUCAGAGGUUCCCUUUCUCUGAUAAAGAGAAAAAUAAGCUCACUUUUGAGGUUGUUAACUUAGCCAGAAAUCUGAUAUAUUUUGGUUUCUACAACUUCUGUGACCUCCUCAGACUAACCAAAAUCCUCCUUGCUAUAUUAGACUGUGUGCACAUCACUACCAUCUUCCCUAUUACCAAGAUGGCAAAAGGCGAGGAAAGUAAAGGGAGCAAUGUGAUGAGGUCAAUCCACGGCGUGGGGGAGCUGAUGACCCAGGUGGUGCUCAGGGGCGGGGGGUUCCUGCCCAUGACUCCCCUGGCAGCUGCCCCCGAGGGCAAUGUCAAGCAGAGUGAGCCAGAGAAGGAGGACAUCCUGGUCAUGGACACCAAGCUCAAGAUCAUCGAGAUACUCCAGUUUAUUCUGAACGUGCGGUUGGACUACAGGAUCUCCUGCCUGCUUUGUAUAUUUAAACAUGAAUUUGAUGAAAGCAAUGCCCAGAUGUCUGAAUCCACCUCUGCAAGCAGUAGUCAAGAAAUGCCAGCUAAUGUACCAGGAGCCCUGGACUUUGAACACAUUGAAGAACAAGCUGAGGGGAUCUUUGGUGGAAGGAAAGUAUCUCUUCACAGUGAGGAGAACACCCCUCUGGAUUUGGAUGACCACGGGGGCAGGACUUUCCUGCGGGUCCUGCUGCAUCUAACGAUGCAUGAUUACCCUCCCCUGGUGUCUGGUGCAUUGCAGCUGCUCUUCAGGCACUUCAGCCAGAGACAAGAAGUCCUUCAGGCUUUCAAGCAGGUUCAACUGCUCGUUACCAGCCAAGAUGUUGACAACUACAAGCAGAUCAAACAAGAUUUGGACCAGCUGAGGUCAAUAGUGGAGAAAUCUGAGCUCUGGGUGUACAAAGGCCAAGGUCCUGAUGAGGCCAUGGACAGUGUGCCAGGUGAAAACGAGCACAAGAAGAAAGAGGAAGGUCACAGCAAGUCUCAAAAGCCUGAAAGUACUAGCAGCUACAACUACCGGGUAGUAAAAGAGAUCCUGCUGCGACUCAGCAAGCUCUGCGUGCAGGAGGGGGCCUCGGUGAGGAAGAGCAGGAAGCAGCAGCAGCGACUCCUGAGGAACAUGGGAGCUCACGCCGUGGUGCUGGAGCUGCUGCAGAUCCCUUAUGAGAAGGCUGAAGACACGAGGAUGCAGGAGAUAAUGAAGCUUGCACACGAGUUCCUGCAGAACUUCUGUGCUGGGAACCAACAGAACCAGGCCUUGCUGCACAAGCACAUAAACCUGUUCCUUAACCCAGGGAUCCUGGAAGCAGUGACAAUGCAGCACAUUUUCAUGAACAACUUCCAGCUCUGCAGCGAGAUCAACGAGCGCGUGGUGCAGCACUUCGUCCACUGCAUCGAGACGCACGGCAGGAACGUUCAGUACAUCAAGUUCCUGCAGACCAUCGUCAAGGCAGAGGGGAAAUUCAUUAAGAAAUGCCAAGAUAUGGUAAUGGCUGAGCUGGUGAAUGCAGGGGAAGAUGUGCUGGUGUUCUACAACGACAGAGCCUCCUUCCAGACCCUGGUGCAGAUGAUGAGGUCGGAGAGGGACCGGAUGGAUGAGAACAGCCCCCUGAUGUACCACAUCCACCUGGUGGAGCUGCUGGCUGUGUGCACAGAGGGCAAAAACGUCUACACAGAAAUCAAAUGCAACUCCCUCCUCCCUCUGGAUGACAUUGUCAGGGUGGUGACCCACGAGGAUUGCAUACCUGAGGUCAAAAUAGCGUACAUCAACUUCUUGAAUCACUGCUAUGUGGACACAGAAGUAGAAAUGAAGGAGAUUUACACCAGUAACCACAUGUGGAAGCUGUUUGAGAACUUCCUGGUGGACAUCUGUCGGGCCUGCAACAACACCAGCGACAGGAAGCACGCCGACUCCAUCCUGGAGAAGUACGUGACCGAGAUCGUCAUGAGCAUCGUCACCACCUUCUUCAGCUCCCCCUUCUCCGACCAGAGCACCACCCUGCAGGCUUUACUGUUGGCCAGAAUAAAUGAGACCCGGCAGCCCGUGUUCGUGCAGCUGCUGCAGGGGGUGUUCAGGGUGUACCACUGCACCUGGCUCAUGCCCAGCCAGAAGGCCUCUGUGGAGAGCUGCAUCCGGGUGCUCUCUGACGUAGCCAAAAGCAGAGCGAUUGCCAUUCCCGUGGACUUGGACAGCCAGGUGAACAACCUGUUCCUGAAAUCCCACAACAUCGUGCAGAAGACGGCCAUGAACUGGCGCAUGACGGCGCGCAACGCCGCGCGCAGGGACUCGGUGCUCGCCGCCUCCAGGGACUACAGGAACAUCAUCGAGAGGCUGCAGGACAUCGUGUCGGCCUUGGAGGAUCGCCUGCGCCCUCUGGUCCAGGCAGAGCUGUCAGUGCUGGUGGAUGUGCUCCACAGGCCUGAGCUGCUCUUCCCAGAGAACACGGAUGCCAGGAGGAAGUGUGAAAGCGGAGGUUUCAUUUGCAAGUUAAUUAAGCACACAAAGCAGCUGCUGGAGGAGAAUGAGGAGAAACUGUGUAUUAAGGUAUUACAGACGCUCAGGGAAAUGAUGACCAAAGAUAGAGGCUAUGGAGAAAAGCAGAUUACCAUUGAAUUGGAUAAUGCUGAGCUGCCGCAAGCUCCAGAAACGGAGAGCCCUGUAGAGCAGGAGCUUGAUCAAACUCUACCCCAGAGGCAACUGGAGGAUCAUAGAAGGGGCGAGGCCCUGAGGCAGGUUUUGGUGAACCGCUACUACGGCAACGUGCGCGCGGCCGGCCGGCGCGAGAGCCUGACCGCCUUCGGCAACGGGCCCCUGUCCGCCAGCAGCCCCGGCAAGGCCGGCCCGGCAGGAGGAAGCUCUGGGUCGAGCUCAAUGAGCCGAGGGGAGAUGAGCCUGGCAGAUGUCCAGUGCCACCUGGAUAAAGAAGGUGCUUCCAACCUGGUCAUAGAUCUCAUCAUGAAUGCCACCAGUGACAGAGUCUUCCACGAGAGCAUCCUGCUGGCCAUUGCCCUGCUGGAAGGUGGGAACACCACGAUACAGCAUUCCUUCUUCUGCCGACUGACUGAAGAUAAGAAAUCUGAGAAGUUCUUUAAGGUUUUUUAUGACCGCAUGAAAGUGGCACAGCAAGAAAUCAAAGCAACUGUCACAGUCAACACCAGUGACUUAGGAAACAAAAAGAAAGAUGAAGACUCGGACAGAGAUGUCCCCAACAGGAAAAGAGUGAGGGAGCCCAUGUCCCAGAUCACAGAGGAGGUGCGGGACCAGCUGCUGGAGGCGUCGGCGGCCACGCGGAAGGCGUACAACACCUACCGGAGAGAGGCCGACCCCGAGGAGCACUACUCAGCAGGAGAGGGAGCCCAGGCUGCAGCAGACAAGAGCAAGGAUGAGCUGGAGAUGAGUGCUGUCAUCUCCAUCAUGCAGCCCAUCCUGCGCUUCCUGCAGCUGCUCUGUGAAAACCACAACCGGGACUUGCAGAAUUUCCUACGCUGCCAGAACAACAAGACAAACUACAACCUGGUGUGUGAGACACUGCAGUUCCUGGACUGCAUCUGUGGGAGCACAACUGGGGGACUUGGACUGCUGGGUCUGUAUAUAAAUGAGAAAAACGUGGCACUGAUCAACCAGACGCUGGAAAGUUUGACAGAGUACUGUCAGGGGCCCUGCCACGAGAACCAGAACUGCAUUGCUACCCACGAGUCCAACGGCAUUGACAUCAUCACAGCAUUAAUUCUCAAUGACAUCAACCCUCUGGGAAAGAAGAGGAUGGACCUCGUGUUGGAGCUGAAGAACAAUGCUUCCAAGCUGCUCCUGGCCAUCAUGGAGAGCAGGCAUGACAGUGAGAACGCAGAGAGGAUCCUCUACAACAUGAGGCCCAAGGAGCUGGUGGAGGUGAUCAAGAAGGCUUAUCUGCAGGGAGAAGUGGAGUUUGAGGAUGGAGAGAACGGGGAAGAUGUCGCGGCGUCUCCGAGGAACGUGGGACACAACAUUUAUAUCUUGGCUCAUCAGUUGGCUCGUCACAACAAAGAGCUGCAGAACAUGCUGAAGCCAGGGGGUCAGAUCGAGGGGGACGAGGCGCUGGAGUUCUACGCCAAGCACACGGCACAGAUCGAGAUUGUCAGGUCGGACCGCACCAUGGAGCAGAUCGUGUUCCCCGUGCCCAGCAUCUGCGAGUUCCUCACCAAGGAGUCCAAGCUGCGCAUCUACUACACCACGGAGAGGGACGAGCAGGGCAGCAAGAUCAACGACUUCUUCCUCAAGUCUGAGGACCUCUUCAAUGAGAUGAACUGGCAGAAGAAAUUGCGAGCUCAGCCUUUCCUGUACUGGUGUGCUCGGAACAUGUCCUUCUGGAGCAGCAUUUCCUUUAACCUGGCUGUCCUCAUGAACCUGCUCGUGGCAUUUUUCUACCCAUUCAAGGGAAUUCGAGGAGGCACGCUGGAGCCCCACUUGUCCGGCUUGCUGUGGACAGCCAUGCUCAUCUCCCUGGCCAUCGUCAUCGCCCUGCCCAAGCCCCACGGCAUCCGCGCCCUGAUCGCCUCCACCAUCCUGCGCCUCAUCUUCUCCGUGGGCCUGCAGCCCACCCUCUUCCUGCUGGGAGCCUUCAAUGUUUGCAAUAAAAUCAUUUUCCUGAUGAGUUUUGUGGGUAACUGCGGAACCUUCACGCGAGGGUACAAGGCCAUGAUCAUGGAUGUGGAGUUCCUCUAUCACCUGCUCUACCUGCUGAUCUGUGCCCUGGGGCUCUUCGUGCACGAGUUCUUCUACAGCCUCUUGCUCUUUGACCUGGUGUACCGGGAGGAGACGCUGCUCAACGUCAUCAAGAGCGUCACACGCAACGGGCGCUCCAUCAUCCUGACGGCCGUGCUGGCCCUCAUCCUGGUCUACCUGUUCUCCAUCGUGGGCUACCUCUUCUUCAAGGAUGACUUCAUCCUGGAAGUGGACAAGCUCCCCAACGAGACCCUGCUGCCAGAUCGCACAGAGCCCGGUGAGACCAUGACUGGCGAGUUCCUCUACUCAGAUGUGUGCAAGGCAGGCAGCAGUGAGAACUGCUCCUCCAUCAUCCCCUCCGACCAGCUGAUCACUGAGGAGAUGGAGGAAGAGAACAAGGAGCAUACGUGCGAGACGCUGCUGAUGUGCAUUGUUACUGUUCUGAGUCACGGGCUCAGGAGCGGGGGUGGAGUAGGUGAUGUGCUCAGGAAACCUUCCAAAGAGGAACCUCUCUUUGCUGCUAGAGUGAUCUAUGAUCUGUUGUUCUUCUUCAUGGUCAUCAUCAUAGUCCUCAACCUGAUUUUUGGGGUGAUCAUUGACACUUUUGCUGAUUUAAGGAGUGAAAAACAGAAGAAAGAAGAAAUUUUAAAAACAACUUGCUUUAUUUGUGGUUUGGAGAGAGACAAGUUUGACAACAAGACAGUGACCUUUGAAGAGCACAUUAAGGAAGAGCACAACAUGUGGCACUACUUGUGCUUUAUUGUCUUAGUGAAAGUCAAAGAUUCCACAGAAUACACAGGACCAGAGAGUUACGUGGCAGAAAUGAUCAAGGAGAGAAACCUGGACUGGUUCCCCCGGAUGAGGGCCAUGUCACUGGUCAGCAGCGACUCGGAGGGAGAGCAGAACGAGCUGAGGAACCUGCAGGAGAAGUUGGAGUCCACCAUGAAGCUCGUGACCAACCUCUCUGGGCAGCUCUCAGAGCUCAAGGAUCAGAUGACGGAGCAGAGGAAGCAGAAGCAGCGCAUCGGUCUCCUUGGACACCCCCCGCCCAUGAAUGUGAACCUGCAGCAGCAACCAGCCUGAGCUGGGAGGGUCACGGCCCCUCCGGGACACCCCCAACAGCCCGGAGGCUGCUCCCUGAACCUUCUGUGCAUCCUGUAAAUAUCCUGGUUUUAUACUUAGAUGUAUAUGACUGCUACUCUUACCAAGCUGGGGGCGCGUGGAUUGCGAUUAGAACUGUUGGCACGGGACAGAGGUUAAACUUUGUGCCAAAACUAUCAAAAUUGCCUUUUCCUUGGAAGGACUUAAGAGAGCACCUGAAUUGCACUUGAAAAGAUUAUUUGACUAUGUGACAUGUAUUUUGUAUUUAAAAAAAAAAAAGAAUAGAAUAGCUAGUAUUUAUGUUUUUAUACAAUUGUGCAAUAUGAAUUAUGCAAUCACAAUAUAUUUGGAACUCCUGAAUGUCCUAAGGGAGUGCACAUCUUUGGAUCUGGUGUGUUAGUACAAUGUAAUAAAUGGUAUAAAAUUACAGGUGUAAAUGAGGCUGCUGCAAAAUUGUGUAACUGGUGAUUUUUUCAUACCCUUGGACAUUUUUGUACCAUGUGUGUAAAUAUCUUGCAAUGCCAUAUUUGUUGCCUCUUCCUCCCAGGGAUGAUGCUGGGACUCCGUGGGCUGUUCAAUUGGUAUCGAUUAAAGCAAAACAUUAUUUUGAAUCUUCCGAGUGAGGAAAGCAGGAGGUAUUUUUCAAGAGAUUUCUUUAGAGUACUGAAGCUAGAAGAGCUCAGACACCGGGUUUUUUAAAUGCUAAGAUUUCUUAAAGGGAACUUUUUAUGCAAAAUGAAGUUUGGAAUGAGGAUGCGCUGCUGGCGAGUCGGUGCAGUCUCCCGGGGCCGAGCCGAGGCUGUCCAGGCUUUGCAUUCUCAGUGUGUGGGAUCCUCUCCUUCUAUUUUUUCAUUAGAGACCUACGUGCCUGCUAAAGCUUUAGCAAACAGGCACUGCACCGACUGAAACGUGUCCUGUAGCUGAGCACUGAUGUGUGUAAUGCUUGUGUGAGAGCCACUGGUUUGAGGCUGCUCUGUCCCACCCCUUCCUCUCCCUGCCCCCUUUCGUUUGGUCACUUUCUUUGGUUUCUGAUUCUCCAGAGUGUGAAAGGAAACUUGUUGGGUUGUUGUUGGUUGGUUUUUCCCUCCAAUCCGCUGCAUAGUUUUAUACAUGGACCUCAUUUUACAGAAGCUGACUUCUCUGCAAUACUGUCUACAAAAGAAAAAAAGAGAAAAAAAGCUACAGAAAGAGCUAUGAAAAUUUGUAAAUGCAUAAAUAUAGGUAUUUAAAUAAAUGAUGCAAAAUACUCUA